UUCCUUGGAGUUUGGCCCCAGAUGAGCGGCAGCAGCGACACGGCGAGCAGACAUGGAGCAACAGCUCAACAGACCGACGUGGAGCAGGCAGAUAGAGUUUACUCUGGCUGGCAUCGGCUGUGCCGUGGGCCUGGGAAAUGUUUGGAGGUUCCCUUAUCUCUGCUACAGGAGCGGAGGAGGUGCCUUUCUGGUGCCCUACCUGCUAAUGCUGGUGGUGUUGGGUGUCCCUCUGCUCCACAUGGAGCUGACAGUGGGUCAGUACACGAGGAGAGGGCCCGUCCACGCUCUGGCUAAUCUCUGCCCACUCUUGAAAGGAGUGGGCAUAGCAUCGGUGGCCAUCUCCUUCAUCAUGUGUAUCUACUACAAUGUGGUCAUCACGUGGGCCCUCUAUUAUCUCUUCAGCUCCUUCCAGGCACCGUUACCCUGGCAGAACUGCAACAACACCUGGAACACCCCCAACUGCACCAACAUCGCCACCAACAGCAGCUUCUCCUCCACAGCCAGCCAGGAGUUCUUCAAGUAUAAGAUGUUGGAGCAGACAAGUGGAGUAGAAGAAGCGGGGAUAAUCCGCUGGGAGCUUUUUCUCAUUCUCAUUCUGGCUUGGGUCCUCAUUUACUUCUGCAUCUUUAAGGGGGUGAAAUCGACAGGCAAGGUGGUGUAUUUCACGGCUCUAUUUCCGUACGUUAUCCUGAUCGCCCUGCUGAUCAACAACGCGCAGCUUCCCGGCGCAUUAGAUGGAAUAUCCUUCUUCAUCUUUCCAGUAUGGGACAAGCUGCUGUCAGUGGAGGUGUGGGUGAAUGCUGCAGCACAGAUCUUUAACUCCAUCGGGAUUGGUUUUGGCUCCCUCAUGGCCAUGUCCAGCUACAACUCCUUCAACAACAACGUGCUGAAGGACACCCUGACUAUAUCCAUCAUCAACUCCGCCACCAGCAUCCUGGCAGGGUUCGUUAUCUUCUCGGCUUUUGGAUACAUGUCCCAUCUGCAGGGCAUCCCUGUCAGCGAUCUGGCCGUGGAUGGUCCUGGACUGGUUUUUAUUGUUUACCCACAAGCCUUUGCCAACAUGCCAGUGAGUCAGCUGUGGGCUGUGUUGUUCUUCUUCAUGCUGCUUUGCCUUGGACUGGACAGUGAGUUCGCAAUGGUUGAAGUGAUGGUGACCAGUCUCAUGGACCAGUACUAUCAAAGUUUGAUGGGAUUUUUCAAGCGAAAGGAGCUGUUCAUUCUUGCUAUUUGCAGUGCAGCGGCUCUUCUGGGGAUUCCCUGUGUCAUGCAGGUCGGCAUCUAUGUGUUCCAGCUCAUGGACCAUUACACUGCCAUAGUGUCCAUCAUGUUUCUGGCUUUCUUUGAGGUUAUAGCCAUCUGUUGGAGUUAUGGAGUGAAUCGACUUUCAGACAACCUACAGGAGAUGACUGGGAAAAGACCAAACAUCUUCUUCAGACUAUGUUGGCUUAUAGUGGCUCCUGUUCUGAUCACUGUCAUCCUGAUUUUCUCCGUCAUCCAGUUCAAACCAGCCCGCUAUGGGGACUACGUCUUCCCUCCUUGGGCUCAGGGGGUCGGGUGGGUCAUCGCCAUGGGCUCCAUCAUCUGGAUUCCUUUGGGUGCUGUUCACACAUUAUGGGUGCUACCUGGCUCAUUUAUGCAGAAACUGAAGCUGUCCGUCAAUCCAUACGGCCUGAAUGAAAAGUCAAAAAUGCCAUAUUAUGAGAGGGGAGGAGCAAUACCUCCAGGCAUCGCUGUCAUCAGCUCUGACAUCCAGCUACCUGAAAAAACUCCUAUACAGACAAACCUAUGAUGGCUCUGCGCUUCGGCACGAGCGGCAAGUUCAUCGCAAAUUUUUGUUUACCUUUGGUUUUAACAAUCAUUCUACAAUAAUGAUCUAUCGCUGCAUAUCUGAUAUGCAGAUAUAUUGAAAGAGCCAUCGUGUGAGCCUAUUCAUUUUCAUUUGUUCGUUUUGUUUUCUAACCGUUCUGCUGAUAAAAAGACCACGUCUAGAAUCAUU